UGAUUACUGUUGAUUAUUGUUUUUGUUUACUGUAUGCUGUGUGUAAUAUUUUUGAUGUAAUGCAAUGUAAUCUUUAAUGUUGGGAUCGAGGAUCGAGUGUUCAGUGUUCGUAUUUCGGAUUGGAAGAGUAGGAGCAUUGGUGUAAUAAUAUACCAUGUGUUUUAUAAAUCUCUGACUUCACUCCUCAAUUCGUGGCAAGGUUUUCCUCGCGUAGGCGCAACAUCGGCGCUCUAUUCAGAAUAUAUUUCUGCGGCUUCUGGAACAAUCGAAGACUGAUAACUAAACGUGAUAUUUAUAAAAUUUACUAAAUAUGUUGUUGUGCCAUUUGCUAGUUCCUUUUUUCGCUUUUCUUUGUGUUUCCUAUGUAUCAUGUGAAGUUUUUACCGCUUUAGCGGACUUGGAAGAAUUGCUGGACACGGAAAAAGUUAUAAUAGAUACAUUAAAAAACUACAUCAAAGCAGAAGAGCAAAAAGUUGAGCUAUUGAAACGGUAUGCGGAUAUUUACCAAACACAACAUAAUAGGGCCACUGAGGAUGUUCAGACCUACGUUUCGAAUCCUAUAAAUGCCUAUACAUUAGUAAAGCGGUUGACCACAGAUUUGACUGAACUAGAAAAUCUCAUGGGAUCACAGAUUAGUAGAGAUUAUUUAACUAAUAUUAGCUAUUUUAAAGAGAGCCGACUGUUUCCUACGGACGAAGAUCUUAAUGGUGCUGCUGUAGCUUUAACUCGGUUACAGGAUACCUAUGGGUUAGAUACAUCUUCAUUAGCCAGGGGCGAAUUGAACGGCAUUAAGUACAGUGCUGAACUGACUGCAGCUGACUGUUUUGAACUGGGCCGACAGAGUUACAACAACGGAGAUUAUUACCACACUUUAUUGUGGAUGACCGAAGCCAACGAAAGGUUGCGCAAGGAAGCCAACCAAACGAUACAUCAGAGUGAUAUUUUGGAGUAUUUAGCAUUUUCUACUUAUAAACAGGGUAAUAUACACCUAGCAUUAGAUUUAACAAACAAGCUUUUGGAGAUCAUUCCAACACAUCCGAGGGCGUUAGGAAAUAAGGUUUAUUACGAAGACGAGCUACAGAAAUCGAUCAGUUCGCCGAAAAAGAAAGGUGACGAUGAAUCCGAAGAUAUACAACAGCAAGACGAGGUGCAUGUGCCUUCUGAUCCGUAUGGAAGAGAACAUUAUGAAAGAUUGUGUAGAGGGGAAAUAAAAAUGCCUGUGGAUUUAGAAGCCAAGCUGAAAUGUCGGUAUGUUACAAACAACAAUCCCUUCUUAAGGAUCGCGCCCUUCAAAAUGGAAGAAGCGUUCAUAAACCCAAAUCUGUACAUUUUUCACGACGUUAUGGGAGAUAAAGAAAUUGAAACAGUCAAACGUCUGGCCAGACCAAAAUUCCAAAGAGCUACAGUACAAAAUUCGGUAACAGGGGAGUUAGAAAUAGCCCACUAUAGAAUCAGUAAAUCAGCGUGGUUAAAAGAACACGAGCAUCAACAUAUAGCCGAUAUUGCUCAAAGAGUCGAAGAUCUGACUGGUCUGUCGAUGGCAACAGCCGAAGAAUUACAAGUUGUUAACUACGGUAUAGGCGGUCAUUACGAACCGCACUUCGAUUUCGCGAGAAAAGACGAGAAAAACGCCUUCAAAAGUUUAGGAACCGGAAACAGAAUAGCUACUGUUUUGUUCUACAUGAGUGACGUGCCGCAAGGCGGAGCCACUGUCUUUCCUAUCGUGGGUGCUGCCCUCUGGCCCAAAAAAGGAUCAGCUGCUUUCUGGUACAACCUUCAUCCUAGUGGUGAUGGCGAUGUUUUGACCAGACACGCCGCUUGUCCCGUUCUGGCAGGUUCUAAGUGGGUGUCGAAUAAAUGGAUCCACGAAGUAGGUCAAGAAUUUAGAAGGCCCUGUACGCUAGAAAGACCUCCUGAAGAUCAACGUGCGUAGGUUAAUAUUAUCGUGGAAUAGUAAUUCAGUCAAUUUGUAUGUACUCUAGGAGCUUUCUAGUGGGAAAGUUUUGGGUAGUUCUGAUUUCUUUCAUUCUACAUGUAUUUUGGGGUGCUGAAUCCAAAUAUGAGGUUUGCGGACAAAAUUUCGUGACACAACAUCGAAAAAAGCGAAAAAUUUCUGCUUUUUUCCGCUUUUUUUGCUUAAAUCUCGAAAACUAUUAACUUUUAGUAAAUGGUCUGUUAACGGAAAUUAAAGUACUUAAAAUUCUCUACAGAUAUCUCUACACAUUUAGUUUUUUUUUUUAGACCAACCGUUCGGUCUAAAGUGCGAGCUGAAAAUUGGCAAUUUUUAACCGUCUCUGCAAAACUCACUUUUUACAUUUCAAAACCUUAUUUUUUUAGAAUGCUGUCAUUAGAUAAAUUUCUCCUUGUUUUCUGUACAAUUAAUUAAAAAGAAAAUAUUUAGAAAUUGUACAAAUUCAUUAUCACGAAUGGUAGGACUCUAACAAAAUAAAACUUUAAAUAUCGUGAUUAUUAAUAAAUUACAAAUUACAAUACAAAAUGUAUAACUCCCUGACUUCAUAAACCUCAGGCGCGGGUUUCGUUUUUAACCGAGGAAUGGAUUGGUUAGGAGCUACUGCAUGUUUUGGUGCAGUACAAGAAAUGCCACCCAUGACGUGAAAAGUGUGGUAUCCAUCGAUUGUGUGUACGUUAAAAUCAGCGUUAUCGUACACCUGCUGUGUAAAGCACGGCUGGUCAAUUUUUGAGGAUCGCCUGCGAUUCCUGACACUUCCAGACGAACAGCUUCUGUAUAAGAUGAACAAAAGCCCAAAGAGCAAACCACAUCAACCAUUUUAGGUUGUACCUAAACCACAUGUACGUAGUAUUUUAGGAAUGAGUUCAGGCUGAGGUCUGAACAAUCCGUAGUCUUUCCACUUGUUCAUUUUUAAUGCUUGCUGGUACCAAGCGUGGUUCAAGAUUUUAUAACCUAUGACUUUGAAACAAACUACCUGCUUCUUGUUUUGAGACAUGGUAAUAAUUAUAUCGCUUCCGUGAGUAGAUGAGCUUUGACUGUCUUUGUCAGACAAUCAGAGGCUACUACGUGUGAGGCAGGCAAAAGACGUUUAAUUAUGGAUUUUCUAUACUCAUCACCUUCUUCUGCUCUUUUCAUAACAGUUUCUUUGAGUUUUAAAACUCAAACCUGAUACACCAUAUUGCGAUUGGUUUUCUUUUUUUUUCUUUGCUGUUCUAUAAAGUCAGGUGUUAUGACGAGACCACACAUAAAACAUUGAGUUUUAAAAUUAAAAGAUGAUUCAGUAGAACGUCUUUGAACUUGCUCCCUAACCCCCUCAACCUUCUUCAAAAAAACGGCAAUCAUAUUUACAUCAUUCUAGUUUUUAUGACAUUUCUCAUAAACCUCAACAGUAGUUUUUUUACUUAACUGAACAUGAUGAUCAUCCUUCCUCUUCCUGCUCGACUCAGUAAAUGUUUGAAACCCUUUUCCCGCACCGUCGUCACCUUUUCAACAUCAUUAUCCAGUACUUUAUCACAAAUAAAUCACACGUCAGAAGCCAUACGUAAACACAACUUGUAGAAAUCGUUAAAAAAAAACAAAACGACUGAGAACGCAGACGCGCAGGUAGGUAUAGUGUUUCCAUCGGGAAUUUGCCAACUGUCGGCUCUUUAGUCUCUUUGAUGACAGUGCCGACCAUUGGCGUGGAAAUGAAGAAAAAGGGUCGGUCAGUUCAUCAAACGCAUAUUUCGAGGAAAAUCAUAUUUAAUUUCUGUUUUAACUUUAAAAAGAAACACACACGGUUUUUGUAUCUGUAUUUUUUUUAUAUCAAUUAAAUAAUUUUUUAAACAAAUUCAAAAGAUUAUCUUUUGUGUUCCGGAAAAUAUGUUUUAGGUUUUUUGGGUCAUUCUAAACAAGAAAGUUAUUUUGUCAUUUUUCUCAAAAGUUGAUAGUUUUUGAGUUAUAGGCGAUUUAAAAUCGGCAAAAAUGCGAAAAUCGCUGUUUUAGAAGGUUAAAAACUCAUAUUUAAAUUAUUAUUUUUAAGGUUACCAAGUGCUUAAAUUAAAGUUUUAACAUUCAUUUUCAAGAUUCUUAAGAGUAGUCUGGUCUAACUUCAAUUUAGACCUUUGUUUUUUAAUUGCUAAUAAUGCGCGUCCAUCCGAUUGUUACGCCGGUGCGGUGGCGCUCUAUUUCAACAAUCUCCUAUGUUGCCCCUGAAAACAUUUUUUUAGUUUUUUUGGGUGAUUCUAAACACACAAGGUAUCUUGUCAUUUUUCUGAGAAGUUAAUAGUUUUGAAUUAUAAGCGAUUUAAAAUAUGAAAAAGGCUAACAUACACAUUUUCGAGACUUAAAAACUCAUAUUUAAAUUAUUAAUUUUAGGUUGCCAAGCGCGUAAAUUGAAGCUUAAGCAUUCAUUUUCACGAUUCUGAAGGGUAAUCUGAUCUAACUUCCAUUUAGACCGUUAUUCUUUAAUUGUUAAUUAUACGGGUCCAUCCGAUUUUUAUGCCGUAUACUAUUUCAAAAAUUUCAUAUUUUGCUCUGAAAAACAUUUUUUUAGAUUUUCUGGCUCAUUCUAAACAAAAAAGGUUUCUUGUCAUUUUUCUGAGAAAUUAAUAGUUUUCGAGUUAUAAGCGAUUUAAAAUAUGAAAAAUGCAAAAAUACGCAUUUUUAGGACUUAAAAACUCAUAUUUAAAUUAUUAUUUUUGAGGUUUCCAUGAGCUUAAAUUGAAGCUUAAGCAUUCAUCUUUAGGAUUCUGAAGAGUAAUCGGGUCUAACUUCCAUUUAGUCUGUAAUUCUUUAAUUGUUAAUUACACGAGUCCAUCCGAUUUUUAUGCCGUAUGUAUACUAUUUCAGAAAAAUCUUCUUUUGCUCUGAAAAAUAUUUUUUUAUAUUUUCUCGCUCAUUCUAAACGGUUUCUUGUCAUUUUUCUGAGAGGGUAAUAGUUUUCGAGUUAAAUAUGCAAAAUGUGAAAAUACGUAUAGCGUAUUUUCGCAUUUUUCAGAUUUUAAAUCGCUUAUAACUCGAAAACUAUUAUCUUCUUAGAAAAAUGAUAAAACCAUUUGUGUUUAUAAUUGCCCAAAAAACAUAAAAAAAUGUUUUCGGGGCAAAAUCGGAGAUUUUGAAAUAGCCGACGGCAUAAAAAUCAGAUGGACGCGCAUAAUUAACAAUUAAAAAACAAGGGUAUACAUUGAAGUUGGACCCGAUUACUCUUCAGAAUCCUAAAGAUGAAUGCUUAGGCUUCAAUUUAAGCUCUUGGAAACCUCAAAAAUAACAAUUUAAAUAUGAGUUAAUAAGCCUCGAAAAUGCGCAUUUUCGCAUUUUUCAGAUAUUAAAUCGCCGAUAACUCGAAGACUAUCAACUUUUGAGAAAAAUUGAUAUGUCUAGAAUGAUCCAAAAAACCUAAAAGAAUAUAUUUUGGUGCAAAAAAGGAAAUGUUUUGAAUUUGUUUAAAAAAAUUGUUUUAACAAUUUCUGACAAAAAAAAUAGCUAUUCACUCUUCAGAUUUUUUUAAGGGGGAUAUUUUUGAAUAGGAAUCUGCAAAGAAAGCGAAUCAUAAUUUUUUUCAGACUGGAGCGUCCUCACAAUAUGGACUAUCUAUUUUCUUUGUAAUAAACUAAUAAGAUAUAAACUGUUUAUUGAUAAACGUCCUUUGCAACAGUGCCAAUCCUCCUACCCAAUUUUUUAUUUCUUCGCUUCCGUUUUAAGGAAUGGUUAUGUAACAGUACCUAAUUAAACAAUAAUUGUACCUAUUAUAUUAUAUCGUCUUACACCCGAUUUUUGUUAAUUCAUGAAUUCUCGAAACAAUUGCAUUAUCAGUCAUUCAAGUAUAUUCAUUUUUGAAACAACGCGUUCACAUUGAACAUGCAAGUCUUUGUUUUUUAAUUCGAUUAAUUAUUUGGUAGCAAAAAUAUAUAUAACUCUCCAGUAACUCCGCCACUGUUCAAAUAAACGAAUCGGAAAGAAUUUUGUUUGGUGACACGCAGGUGUACAAUUAUGAACGCGGUGUUGCCGCGUUCAUGAAAUACGAUGCCGAUUUAACGUUAGGCAGAGAGGGAAGAACUAACUAAUAGUGUUCUUUUGUUGUUGAAUUGAAACGAACUAGAAGUACUGGAUGUGACUAUCACAAUUUGGUUUUUUAUUACUUAAAAUUUGAUACUUUAAAUGUUUAAACUUGUUUUAACAUUAAAACAAAAUUCUUAAUAUCGUGUUAAAAUCAUCAAUAUGGCAACGUCAAUUUAAAACCCGCUACUUAAUUCUGCCGAGACUACAGUGUUGCCGAUACUCCAAAAUUUCCUUUAAGUAUAAUAUAUACAAAGUUGCUUCAAUUUAUUGGUGAAGGCCCAUUGAAAUUUGAAGUACCUAGUUAAUUAAUUUAUAUAUUUUUUAAGAAUAUUUUCAUAUUAUCUUUCUAACAGUGUCAUUGAGUAACAAUUGAAUACUAAAAUAGAGAAAACAUUUUCAGAAUAUAUAAACUUGGGAAUUUUAGGAAAUAUAUCUGCCAACCUUGAUUCGAAAGCCGGUCUCUUUGAUAUCAAUAUGAGUGCUGAUUAUGUUGGAAAAUUAUUGGUGGAUAAACUAUAAGUACACGGUCAUCGCACAGUGUUCAAAAUUGAAGGAAACGUGAUCGUAAGUACAAAAAAAAAUCUGAGAAUGCCGAAAUUAAGGGGUUUGUUUGUACUACUCAUGAUGCAACUUCUCAGCAAAAAUUGAUUUUUUAUGUUUGUUAGGGCCAGAUGUAUUAAUGAUCAAAAGUACAAAAUUCAAUAUAAUUUUAUACAUCAAAUUUAAAUCCUCAGAGGCUGCCUUUUAUUUUAAUUAUUACUUCAUUUAUGUGGAUAGCUAAUAUAAAAGUAAUUAUUUGAGAUAAAAGUACAUGCUUUAAAGAUUAAAAUAGCAUAGUUAGCUUCACUGAAAGGUGAUUUUGAUUUUGAUAUAAUCGGCUGUCUAAAAACCUAUCCAAUUUUUGAUAAAAUUAAUGUUUGACAGCGUAUUACGUUUAUUGUGCCAUCUUGUGCCAAAUUAAAUCCUUCACUAUAUGAAAGACUACAAUGCAAGGAAUAAAAAAAAUAUAUAAGACAAACUGCGCAAAGGUGCGCAACUGAGUACAUGCGCAUAAGGUUGCAUCGAGCGCCGCGCGCAUUUGUCUGAAUUAAUAAUUGCACUCGUACGUAUUGUUUACAGGUAUGUCAAACACAUGUUAUUUGUUAGGGUUACGAAAAGAGAUUUUAGUUUUGAUGAAGUAGUGUUAUUCCUCAAUAGAGAAUAUAGUCUCUAUGUAAAUAACAUAUCCUCACUCCUAACGAUAAAAUUAUUAGUUUUCGAGAUAUUUGAACUUAAACAAGUAACGGCACAGAUAUUUUAAUUAAUGUAUUGUGCUGCUUAAUUUUUAUUUUCAAAUAUCUUGAAAACUAAUGAUUUUCUCAUUAUGAAUGAAAAAUAUACUCUUCAGUCUUAACGAUAAAAUCAUUGAUUUUAGAGAUAUUUGAAGUUUAAAAUUAAGCGGCACAAUACAUUAAUCAAAUAUCUGUGCCGUUACAUGUUUAACUUCAAAUAUCUCGAAAACUAAUGACUUUAUCGUUGCGAAUGAAGUGUAUGCUAUUUACAUAGAGAGUAUUGGAUAAUCGAAAAAUUGCGCUAAAAUGGGAUUUCCGCCAGUGGCGUAGAAUUUGGGAAGGGUCAACCAUUUACUGUCCCCUGUCGUACGCCUCUGGUAAUAGCCAGAAACGUUUGUCAUAAUUUUAUAGGGUGUACAGUACCUACACUUUUUGCCAAGUAUGAAAAGGAUACGUCGAAAAGUUUUAAACCACUGAGCAAAAAUAGUUUUUAAAUUUUUAAAUAAAACACCCUGUAACUCUGUAAGAAGCCACAUUUUAUUUAAGUGAUUUGGGUUAAAUCCUAAUAUUUUGAGGUCUAGAAUCUACAACUCAAAGAUUGGACAUUCUUAAUGAAACACCCUGUAUAACGAUAUUUUUUAAGUAAAAUACCCCCUAAUGAAGGGAUGAAAACUAAAAAAACGACCCCAAUAUAUAUACUCGUUAUACGGUAUCAUACCUCAAAUAUUCUAAGUUUUCAGCGAGAUAACUUUUACAGUUUAAACAAAUUUAGUUUCGAUCACGUUUUCACCAAUUUUGAACACUUUACGUCGGCGCCGCUUAAACAUUUCUCUCACCUAAAAAGUGGAUUUUGGAGAGGCCACUGAAAAUUGCACAUUUUCAACUCGCACUUCAGACCAAACGGCCCGUUUGAAAAGAAAACGAAAUAGUGGUAUUUGUAGAGAAUUUUAAGUAUGUACUUUAAUUUCUGUGAACAGACCUUUUACUAAAAGUUAAAAGUUUUUGAGAUUUAAACAAAAAAGCGAAAAAAGGCAGAAACUUUUUGCGUUUUUCGCGAUUUUUUCAAUGUUGCGUCACUAAAUUUUGUCCGCAAACCUCAUCAAACCAAAGAAAUCAGAACUACCCCAAAACUUUCCUAGUCAAAGACACAGUUUGACUGAAUUAUACGUAAUCUCGAAGAAUACUUAGAUCUUAUUUCUUGCCAAAUAUCGUAGUUUAUUUACUUUAAGUUUGAAUACUGUCAGUUUAGACGCAGUGCAAUAGUUUUGUGUGAUUAAAUAAUAUAAAACUAAUAUUAAGACAACAGUUAAAAACUGGACAUUAAUAGUAUCAUCUAAGUGCCAACAAGUUUGCUGUUUAAAUAUGACAAAAUAUGUUUUAUAGAAAAAUGCGAAUAAAAAUUUUUAGUUGAUUAUCUAAGCAGAAAUUCUUAUUUUGUUUAAUUUUUUUAUAAUUGUGUCCCAUCAAUUGUUCGUUUGAACCCUACCAGCAACCGGGCACAUGGUUUUUCGGCAUUCUUUGUUGUGGCACUUAUUUGACUGCAGUAGAUUGUUAGCCAAGGUCUUUAGCUAACUUUUUCACAUAUAAUUCAAUUUCUUUUUGUGCUGGCACUAAGCUCAAUAUUGAUGUCCAGUCCUCAGUUAAAGGACACAUCAUCAACAUCCUCUUAGGUACUUUUUAGAUGAUCUACGCAAGAACCCAGUACCUUCUGCUCUCUCACAUAUACUGGCAAGAUAACAACAACAAUAGCCAGAUACAUAAAAAAGAAAGGAAUAACACCAGCUUUCAGAACUAACAACAACUUAAGCAAAUAUAUUAAGAACAAUAAAAGCCGAAAGAGAAAGCAACUACAGAGUGGUGUGUACAAACUAACUUGUGGUGACUGUCCGAAAACGUACAUCGGUCAAACUGGCAGAACUUUUGACAAACGGAUAGCAGAACACAAAAGGGCAUUCAACAAUAGAAAAACAGACACUUCUACAUACGCACUUCACCUUCUAGAUCAUAAUCAUUCUUUCAAUGAAGAGUUUAAAAUUCUACAUAUUCAAAAUAAAGGCCUUAAGCUAUCUUUUUUAGAAUCUAUGGAAAUUAAUAAACUGAAAAAUACAGAUAUAAUUCUGAAUGACCAACUCGAGACAAACAGCUCCCCACUCCUCAACCUCUUCAGUUGAAGAUUAAAAAGGCAAACAUAUUGUAAACUAUAUUACUUGAGAAAGGCACUCCGCCGAAACAGCUGUAGUCACUUAGAUAUAAUAAAUUUUGUGGAAGUAUAGAAAACAAACGUUUUCAGUUUUUUAUUGUUAGAUAAAAUGAACUUCCAUCAAGUAACGGUCGAAUCCAUCAAUGAUCUACGCAAGGUUAGUUUUUAGUCAUUAAUUAAUAACAAGUAUUUUUUAGCAAAGUAGUUAUUGGAAUAUGAUUAUUAUCUCUAACAGGUAUCAUAACAAUGCGACCAUAAAGAGAUUUUUAUCUUAUCUGUUGUAUUCUAUUGCUAUGAUACAUUCUUCUUCUUAAGAUGCCGUCUUCUUUCGAAGGUUGGGCGAUCAUCAUGACGAGUUGUAUUCUGUUUACAUACUAUUUAUUCUUAUUUUAUUAUUAUUAUUAUUUAUAUAAAAAGCUGCAGGUGAAAACUGGAUACAAACGAUUUACUGAGAUAUUGUGGAGCAGCCAUAUCACAACAAUUAACAAAAUUUUAAAACACAAUAAAUCAUAGAUACUGGAAGGGCGUUGGCGCCUAAAUACCGGUAUAUACAUAUAUAAAACCAUUGUUUUUAUAGUUAUAGUUGGUCAGCCCAAUAGGUAAAUUUGUUUGAUUCUAAUUGAGACAGUCACCAGAUGUCACCACAUUUCUGUCAGGGUCACAACGUCACGCGUAACUAAGAUACACCCAAAAUACAUAGACGCCAAGUUGGAUACGAUGCUAUUCAUAACACCCCAACUCGCACAAUUAUUAGGAAAAAUAAAUAUGUAUACUGAAGAACAUAUUUAGAAGUUGAAUUAAUGAUGUCAGUGCUAGUCAAAAGCCCGUACCCCCCUUCGUAUCUUUUGAACAGUUAUAUCUAAAAUAGUGAAAUUUGGAGGGAGGAAAUAAACGGACGUAAGCUUCUUAACUAGUCAUGACAGCUGACGUAAUAGUGACAGAUGACGUUACAUAGCCACUGUGACCGAUAAUUUUAAAUGAGACCUUAUGGCAAGUGAUACCUCGUUUGAAAGGUAUUCAAAAUACCUAUUCAGUCAUACUAAUUUUUUCGGUUUUAGUUGAUUUUGAUUUUGGUAAAUAAAUUAAAUAAAUAUAAUAUUAUAGUUUUGCAUUUAAUAAAUAAAAAUUCAAAUGUCCGCCUAUGGUUUGUUUGUCAAAAAAGUUGACGUUUUUCAAUUCUCUAUGGUUUGUUUUUUAACCAAGAAGAGUGAUUCAAAUUUACCGCGCUGUAUUGCUUGUUUGUAAUUGGUCCAACCGCAGGCAAGUUAACUCCACUGUUAUAAAAUUGUGUCACUAAUGACAUUUAUCAAAUUUUGACACUAGUGACAUUUCAUAGGUUAAUUAAGUUAUGUUGUUCUGAAGCUAUUUCCUUGUGGCAUUUUUAUAAUUACGUAUUUUCUAUGGGAAAUAAGCCACAAUUUUACUAAAAAAAUGAAUUUAUUAACAUUUCGAAGCCCAAAUCGGGUUUCGUUGUCAAAAUACAAAAUACUACUAAAAUAAACAAAAAUGUUGUUGCUAAGUAAAGAAAUUCUUCUAAUAAUUUAUUUAAUCUGACUCAUUUAUAUUGGCAAUUCAGACGUAUAUUAUACAUUUUAAAGUGAAGUAAAAUGAUAUCGCCAAUAUUUAUGAGUUGCGUUCCUGGGACGACUUUACUAAAAGAUAGUUCAUUCGAUUACAUGAAAUCAAUCCCAACUCAAGAAUAUCCGUCGCAAAAAAAUCAUAGCAUGUGAUCUGUCUUUAAAAAGACAACCAAUAUGGAAUCUCUAACGCGAGAAUUUUACUGUCGUCGUUGCAUUUGGUUCACGUUGGUGCACUGAACGUUAAUAAAUUCAUUUUUUUAGUAAAAUUGUGGCUUAUUUCCCAUAGAAAAUACUUAAUUAACUAAGUUUACUCCUGCAUCUGUCUUUUUAGUUUACUCCUGCUGGUUAAAAAAUAAACCAUAGUAGUUUUUACGUCAACGUCAACCUUUUUGACAAGUAAUCAUAUGCGGAAUUUUGAAUUUUUAUUAAUUAAAUGCGAAACUACAAUUUUAUAUUUAUUUCAUUUAUUCAUCAAAAUUAGCUUAAACUCGAAACAAAAUUAGUAUGAUUGAAUAGGUAUUUUCAAUACCUUUCAAACGAGGUAUCACUUGCCAUAAGGUCCCAUUUAAAAUUAUCUGUCACAGUGGCGCUGUAAAGUCAUCUGUCAUAAUUACGUCACCUGUCACGACUAGUUAAGAACCUUACGUCCGUUUAUUUCCUCCCUCCAAAUUUCACUAUUAUAAGUAUAACCGUUCAAAAGAGACGAGGGGGGUACGGACUUUUGACUAGCACUGUAUGUAGGUAUAAUGUAUAAAACUAUUGAAAUCAUCUACCAAAAAAACAAAAUGGAAGUCAGAAUAGAUGGAUACCUUACAGAACCUAUUACACAUUAGACGAGCGGCGGCAACCCCUAAAAUUACGUUAUACCGACCAGGAAAAUCAACUUUGAGGUGAAUGACCAAUUUUAGCCAUUCUUUAUAUUUUCGAGGUCGCUGAAUCCGAAUAUAAAGUAUAUUUUUAUGUAGAAUUGGUGGAACAUGUUCAAAAAUCAAAUUUUAUGAAAAAAUGCGAAAAAUCAGUUUUAAUGAUUUUGCAACUUUACCCUGCUGUAUCUUUGGUCGCUGUAAAUAUUUCCUUUUGAAAAUGUUACUGUCUUAUCUUUGAAGCAUUUUGAUAACAAUGAAAUUUGCCGAAAAUGUUUAGACAAAUUAAAAGAGGAGUUGUUAAUUGUUGAACAUUUUGUCGUCAGAUUUCGUUAGUUUCAUGUUUACUUAAAAAAGUUGUGGUGAAUGGCUAAUUUAUUCUUACUUUAUGUUUUUGAUGAAAACGAAAAUUAGGUUUAUUUUGAAUUUUACGUGGGGAAAAAUUGUUAAAAUCGCAAUUUUGCCCUAAAAAUAAAAAAAAAAUAAAUCACGUUUUUUGCGUUUUACUCGCUACAACUCUGUUCCAUUUUAAUAUUUUUUUUUAAAUUUUUAUAGUACAGUGGAACCCCGAUAAGUCGGCCCCCGAUAACCCGGAAGUCCGGAUAACCUAGACCGAUUUUUAUCAGACAAACAUUACAACAAUAAAAAUGUAUGCAAUAUACCUUAGUAAAAAUUACUCAUGGCAGACAACGUUCAUUGUCGUGUUAUCGAAAACAACAGGCAUCUGUAGUAUCCUUUAUUUACUUGAAACUGUCUUAGCAUUGUUUAGAAAAGACUAUUAAAAAUUAUUUUUCAAACAAUGGUCUUAGUCUUCACUGUUAUUAAAUAACAUAACAUCGUUGCGAUUGAGACCGUAUUGUGUAUUACAGUCGUAUUGUUCGCUUCCGUUCUGUAAUCGUUCGUAAAUCUAUUCAGAUUUUGUGUUUGCGUGAUUUUUUGUCUACGUAAUGGCAAUAAAACUUAAAAAUGUUGUUUUUGUUUCAAAAUGAUAACAAAAGACAGUUUGGACAAUCGGUGCAAAGCUAAAAAUGAGACUCUCGACGACGCUUUGUAUGUGUGUAACGCGAACGUGGUUUACAAGUGUCUGUGUGCCAAUUAUAACGGAGUUUAUCUGUAAGCAUACCAUAUUUUAGUAAUUUUUACCAUUUUCUCCGGCUAACCCGAAUUUUCGUUAACCCGGAUCGGCCGCGGUCCCGAUUAAUCCGAGUUAACGGGGUUCCACUGUAUAUAUUUCUUACCUUUCUGAAGACAAUGGUACCUUCUUCAAUCUUUCUGUGUUAUAAUAAAAGUUAUGAAUUGUUCAAAGUAAAAGGUGCAGAUUCCUCAAUUUCAAAGUUUACUCGCAAAAGUUGAGUGACAAAAUUUGAAAUUUAGCUUUUUAAUCAAGUUUAUAUUAAAAUAUAGAGUACAAGGAACAUAAUAUUUUAUAGAAAAAAAAUGGUUCAACAUUUAAUUUUAGGAAAAAACGUGAUUUUAUUUUUUUUAUUUUUAGGCUAAAAUUUCGAUUUCGACAAUGUUCCCAUAUCUAAAAUUCAAAAUAAACCUUAUUAUCGUUUUCAGCACCUUUAAAAACAUAAGGUAUGAUCAAAAUUAGCCACUCAUCACACCGUGGUCAGUAUCUCGAGAAAUAAGCGUUUUUUGGGGGAGUGCCACUCGUCUAUAAAGUCGCAUAACUUUUUUCCUAUUGCAUAUUUUGACUUAAUAUUUUCCAGAAAAUUUCUUCAUGACAUAUGUUUUAAUGUUGUGUUGAUUAAAAUUAUAAACUAAGAAGUUUGUCAUCCGUAAUGAGUAAAAAACGUUCCUUCGGAUGUAUAGAGAGCAAAAGAAAAGAUAGUGAAAAAAAAACUAAGACAUAUUAUGUCGUUAGUUUUUCUAGUGAUUAUUAAUCACGUAGUACUUGAUACUUACAAGAGGAGGCAUCCGCUAGAAGAAUAUUCCAAAGCAAUUGGCCCAAAGUACCUAAGAUCUUCGUAGACAUACAGUAUUGGAAAUCUUUUUUCGGAACAUAGGGACUUAAUGUAAGAAGUUAGAUUUUUGAUUUGCAAUUAUUAACCAGUGUAAAUUUCAAGACAACGUCGUGAUGUUUCAUAUUUAAUUCAUUUGUUCGACUGCACUGAACUCAGGUGCCUCAUCGAAUUGCAUCGUGUACUUGCGAAGGUGUGAGAGCCAGCGGUAAAGGGAUUGCAGUCGAACAAACGAAUUAAUUUUAAAACAUCGCGACGUUGUAUUGAAAUUUAUACUGGUUAAUUGCAAAUAAGAGAUCUUAAUUCGAUGCAUUCGAACAAAUGAAUUAAAUAUGAAACAUCGCGACACAGUCUCGAAAUUUACAGUGGUUAAUAGUAAAUCAAGAAUCUAUCUUAUUGCACUGAAAGUCCCUAUGUUCCGAAAAAAGAUUUCCAAUACUGUAUACCAAGAUUCAAAUUUUUUUUAACGAUGCUGUAUUAAGGUAUUUUUCUUUGUAUUUAGCAUUUAAUAAUAAUUUUAUAACUAAUGUGUCCUAACAAUACAACCUAACAUUAUCGUGUCUUGUGUCGAACAACAUAUCGAAUUUUUAGGAUCUGAUAACCAAAGCAAAUUAUGUUUAAAUUUUUGUAGACUAGGAAUUUUUUGUAAUAAAUCGUGUAUAUUGUUCUUUGAAAUUUUAAGAUUUUUUAAUUGUAAAUAAUAAUUACAAUGUAAUAUAUUUUUAUAUAAA